AUGCAGCUCAUCACCUUCCUUUCCGCCGCGACGGCCAUGAUGGCUACCGCCUCGGCCAAGAAGUCAUCCAAGCAGGAUGAGGAGCGAAUAGCACCCAAGCUCAACAAGGAGUGCAACUUUGAGGAGCCGCACGCCCGCAUCAUCAACCGUUGCCCUUACCCUGUUCAUCUCUGGUCGGUCCUCAAGGGGGAUGGCUGCCCAGACCAUGGCAUGGUCACCCUCGAGACGGGCGAGGUCUACUCGGAAAACUAUGACAAGGCGGUAGACAGCACGGGUGUCUCGAUCAAAAUCUCCAAAACCGAGGAAUGCAAGGGCAACGACAUUGUUCAGUUGGAGUACUUCUUGCAAGACAAGCCAGAGACGCCAGAAUUCAACUACAACUACUUGGACGUCUCCUAUGUCGACUGCCUAGGCAAUGAUUGCCCUACCAAGCACGAGGGCUACUACCUCGUGGCUGGCAACCAGACUGGCAAGGCAAAAGCCUCGGCCGACAACACGUGGUGCCCGAUUCUUUCUUGCCACGACGGUGCCUCAUGCGCCAAGUGCUCCUACAUUCUUCCCGAUGACGUUCAGACCAAGACCUGUGAUCAUCAUUCCAGCAUGGAAUUCUACAUGUGCGGUGGAGAGGCGCCCACUGAGGAGUACAAGCCCGCCCCUGUUGCGUCGGAUGCCCCUUCGGAUGCCCCCUCGCCCACGCCUUCGCCAGUCGCCUCUUCCAGCCAGGCCCAAUCGCCUGCUCCCGCUGCCUCUCCUAUCGACGACGACGAGUACGAGGCGCAGCCUCCCGUUGUCACCCCUGUGGCCGUUGUCAACAAGGAGGACGAGUCCGACCCGAAAACCAAGACACAGGUCGAGGUCGUCUAUGUCACCGCCUACGAGUAUGUCAAUGCAAAGAGGCACGCGCACGGCCACGCUCGCCGCCACCAGCCUUUCCGCGCAUAG